GUAAGAAGCCAUAAUGCUAAUCAAUAGGCUGUAGGAAACUAAGCUAUGCUUCAGUCAUUUACAAAACUGGAACUUCCAGUCGCAAACAUCCAAUUUUCUUGAGCCGUGAUUGUUGAUGAAUUUCCUGUUUACUCUUGUGUUUGAUCUAAGCAUUAGCUCUUACACAGUUUCAUUUAAAAAUGCUUUGUAAGCGUUUUACUUGAAUGGCUUGAAAGGGUAUUGGACUUGGGCUUUAUGCCCUGAUUCCCUAUAGUCAACUGCUAAAUUUUUCAUAUACUCAUUCACCGGUCAUUUGCGCUCGAGUAGGGAUUCUUUCUUUUCAUCAAUUUACAAAAACUUAGUGAUCCUUGUGGUUUACCGUUGGAAUUCUUUCAAGGGCUGCUUCUAUUCAAUCAUCUUUUGCUAUUUCCUGUUGUGUUUUUUUUAUAUUUUGUUUUUCCCUUCUUGCAUGGAAUAAAUUCCUAAAACUACCUAAUUCUCAUCACCAGAAGCUUUUAGUUUUGUUAUUUGUACAGUAUGGAAUCCACUAGACGAUACACUGUUUCUAUAGCCAUUCCUGUGUCUUGCUUGAAUGAGGCUCACAAUCUACAGCUCAAAAGCGCCCUUGUCUACCAGAUUGCACGACUGGCUAUUGUCUACGAAAUUGACGAGAUUAUCUUAGUCGCUGAUCCGGCGAAUGUAAAACAAACGCAAAAUGCCAGUGCUUCCUCUGAUUGCUAUAUACGGGACCCAUUGAAGUUCUUUUCUGACAUCCUUCGAUAUAUGGAAACUCCAGCCUUUAUGCGCAAGGUUCUAUUCCCUUUACUUCCCCAUUUAAAGUAUAUGGGGUUGUUCCCUUUAAUUCCUCUACGCAACGAUUCUAGUCAAGUUCCUGAUAAAAAUUUCCCUUACAAAGAAGGCUAUGUUCUUAAUCAAUUGCCUCGCUCCAAAAACAAAUACCUAGUUCACGUUGGAAUUGAGCAUCCUAUUCAAGUUACUUCUCCACAAUCACUUUCAGCCAAGGAUAGAGUUACCGUUCGGAUGAAGCCACAAGCUCCAAAUGCUGAAGGGCAUUUGCAAGGAGACAUAGUAUCUUAUACAGCUCCUCGCGAAAAAGGAGGAAGGUAUUGGGGGUUUCAAAUUCGGCCUUCCAGUUCGCUAAGUGAUCUUAUUAAAGGACCUUAUAAAGGUGGAUAUGAUUUAAAGAUACAAAUAAAUAAUUCCGCCCAUGCUUCUCCUUUGGAGUUAUCGAACAAGCUCCAAUCCUCCUUCCGUCACGUAUUAUUGCUUUUUGGAAAUUCUUUUGAAAAUCAACCAAUAGAUGAUGUGCACACCGUCAAUCCAUUUCCUUUCAUGCUACCUAUUCAACCACGACUAGAGGAAAAUCUUUUAGCUGCUAUGGCUCCGCUCUCCAGCAUUCUAAACAGUCAUGGACGACACUAAAAUCUUCGUUGAUAAUUCUUUGCUACUGAAAAUUUAUGUAGAAUUUAAUUAGGGUUAGUAUGGAAUUAGAAAAAAAAAUGAUUAUUAAAAAUAUUAGGUUCUUCGAAUAGUGCAGAAUGCCAAAAUGAUGGAUUUAUGAAAACUCAUGACAAAGGAACGUUAAGGACCAGCUAAAGUUGAAUUUCCUGAUCUCUUCUCAAUCAAGUUUUUAAUGAAAAAUUCACCAGCCUUAUAGCUACUACGUACAAGAGGGCCACUGGCAACAUACAAGAAACCGAGCUUUUCAGCAACUCCUUGCCAAUACUCAAACUUCUUAGGGUGGAUAUAUUCUUGAACCUUAGCAUGACGCUUCGUCGGUCUCAUAUAUUGACCAAAAGUUACAACAUCAACACCAUGAGCUCUCAAAUCCUUUAAUGCUUGCAAGACUUCCUCAUCUCUUUCACCAAGUCCCAGCAUGAUACUUGUUUUCGUAAUCAAAUGAGGAACCGUUUUCUUGGCCUGCUCCAAAACAUUCAAACUUUGACGAUAAGUGGCUCUACGGUCACGAACAUAAGGGGUCAAGUCUUCCACAGUCUCUACAUUAUGUGCAAAAACAUCGAGACCAGACUUGGCAACCAUUUCUACGAGAUCCAACCUUCCACCAAAAUCUGGUGUAAGUGCCUCCACAAGGAUAUGGGGAGCCUUUUGCUUGAUGCUAUCAAUGGUUUUGGCAAUGUGGUUGGCGCCCAAAUCAGCCAGAUCAUCUCGAUCGACACUGGUGAGCACAACAUAACCUAGAUUCCAACGGGUGAUGGCGUCCGCUGUUUUUUCAGGCUCAUUGGGAUCUAAAGGAGGAGGGCGGCGACUAGUUUUGACGGAACAAAACCUGCAACCACGAGUGCAAGUAUCACCCAUCAGCAUGAUCGUUGCAGUAGCUUGACUCUUGUCCUUUCCUCCCCAACAUUCUCCAAUAUUUGGACAUUUUGCCUCUUCACAAACAGUAUGCAGAUUUAACCCGCGUAAGUCAUUUUUUAUUUUGGUGAAAUUGGACCCAAGCGGCACCUUCGUUUUCAACCAAGAAGGAAGACGCUUAUGAACUGCUCCAUUAGGAAGCUCUACCUUUCUAUCUAACUCAAAGGCUUCCUCCCCAUUAAGAGGCUUUUCCAGAUUUAAGAAGUCUGAAAAAGUCGGUCCUUUCGCUAAACGCUCUGAGAAGUUGUCUGAGUAAAAGCGAAUCGACGCACUCUUCUAUCUUGUUAAUUGUUUAUUUUUAUUGGGUUUUACUUACUCGAAAGAGUACUCUUUCCGACUUUAGCAAAUUUCCAGAUACUCUCAACAUAAUGGUAGAGAGUUGUUUUUGACAAAUUAAGUGGCACUAAAUUGAAGCAACCCACAUCGGGAAAAUCAUAACAACAUGACUUGGAAAUGAAUUUUAUUAGAGAGAAAGAAAAACUAACAAUAAAUUCAAAACACAACUUAUGAAUGGUGCUACUGACCUUGUCUGCAACAUCAAUAGCAGGCGAGAAUGUUAUUAUGAUUUUGGCUGACAAAAAUCAAUCGUGAUAGAAAAUAGAGGACCGUGAACCUGAUGAAAUUCAUCUAGUCUUGUUUCUCAGCCCUUGUUGUGAAUACAAUUUCAACACGACACUUGAGGUCUGUUUAAAACGAACAAUUGCGAACGUGGAUACAAAAGUGAAUCAGUAUUACCCUUUUUCCUAUAAAUAUUUUCAUCAAUAGUUAGGGAUCAAGGGCUUCAUGGAGGACUUUGGCUUUGCUAGUUUGACAGCACUAUAGGUUUACGUGUGGUUUUAGCAGGAAGAAACGAAGCUUAUAGUCGCUUUUCAGGUUUAUUAGCUCCUGAGGAUAUGGAAAAUUGCCAGAAAGUACAAAUGCGCAUGAACUUACCUGCUACAGGUUGAACAAUGCGUUUCUAGUUUGUCUUAAUAUUUGUUUCUGGCUUCGUUUCAUCUUUAUGAAUGGCCCGCUAACACAUUCUUUGUACUUAAAAUCUUUAUCGCCGCAUAAACACAGAACGAUCAGCUCCAGUUUCAUCCUACGGUGUGUUCCAUAUGCCAGGUGAAAAGUUCAAAUCAUCUACUUACCUGAUACACUAAGGACGGAGUAUCAUCAUCAAUCAACAGUGUAACUUGAAUUCUUUAUAUAAUAAAACUAAACUUGCAAGAUGUCGCUACAAUCAAAGGAUUCUCAGGCUUGAUUCUUACAUGUAAUUACUCAACUGGCAGCAAGCAAUUGAAAGAAAGAAAUUCAUCAUUAUAUAGUUAUUAUUCCGUGCAUCUAUUUAUGACAUUCAGAGAAUCAUGUAAACAAACUGAUGCAUCCUAGAGUGUGUUUACUUUCACUCAAAGCAUGUCCAG